AUGGCUUCUCAACAAUCAUUGUCUCAAGAGCAACUUUUGCAUUUCUGGGGAGCUCACAACACAAUGGGCAAAAUGACAAGAAGAAAUUCACAACACGAACCUGGAAAACCGCCAGGAAAUAGUAAUCCUGGAGGAGCAGGGACUAAACCAAAGGUCGCCACACCUCAAGUCGUCGCAAAAAUCGAACAAUACAAACGGGAUAACCCGACGAUUUUUGCGUGGGAAAUACGAGAAAAAUUGAUAAGUGAAGCAGUGUGCACCACUCCACCAUCCGUCUCCUCUAUCAACCGUAUACUCCGUACCCGGGCCGCCGAGCGAGCAGCCGAAGAGCUGCAAAUGAUUCUCUCCGCUCAACACCUCGCCCGUCCUCCACAAAUGAGACCUCAACAAAUCAGAUUCCCACCGACAUUCCCAUUUCCACUGCCAUUCGUCUUCCCUGGUCUCCUACCAAAUCCUGCUCAACUAUCGUUUUUGAUCAAUUCUGGAGCGUUGUCACUGCCAGCUCAGGGAGCUGGAGGAGCUCUGAUAGGAAGUGGUGGAGGGUCGUCUGGUCAAGUUUCGGUGGAAUCGAAUCCAAGUCUUUCGGAAGAUGAUUCAACAUUAGGAGCGAAUGCAAGAAGGUUGUCAAGGAGUACGUUUAGUAAUGAGCAACUGCAAUCCCUUGAAGAAGUAUUCCUCCGUGAGCCGUACCCAUCACAAACGGAACGAGCAGACCUAGUGAAACGGACUGGUUUACCAGAAGCCCGGAUCCAAGUGUGGUUCUCGAAUCGACGAGCAAAAUGGAGGAAAACUGCAGCCAACGAUCGGGAUGAGUCGAGAGCAGAGAGAUCUGAAACAGAUGAUGCGAUGAGCAACUUCAGUCAAUCUCCGUCUCCCGGAGGACAGGGAUCAAAUAGUGAGGAUGGUGGGAAGAAGAAAACUGUCACUUUGUUUAAGCCUUAUGAGUAA